GGGAUCUGAAAAUUGAUUCCAAUGUGUUCGACAAAGCCCAAAUGAACGCUGAUCCAUCAAACCCGGCACUUGCUCUGAACAGUACAGUACAUUCGACAAUCGUUCACAUAUAUUAGGUGGGGCUAAUGUAGUUUUCGAGCCAGGCAUUGGUAGCACUCAUGUCCUUAUCGGUUGAAGCAUGCAGUCGGAGUAAUGAAUUGCGCUGCGGCCCGUCCGUAGCGUCGUCUGUUACUUCCGUUCUGUUAUGAAGAGUUGAUGUUUCUCGAACACAUAAGUCGGAGUAGCUCCUGCAAAGAUAUCUCUCUAUACUUGCCUGCAGCUCACGAAAAACUAGCUCGAGAUGCUCUUGAAGUCUCUUACCGCGUUGGCGUUCGUUGCCCCGACCCAUGCUCUCAUCCGGUUCGGGUGCUCGCAGCUCGUGGUAGACCGUCUUGAUCCCUUAGUUGAGCCUGGAAACGCUCCGUCAGCCCAUCUCCACCAGAUCAUUGGAGGAAACUCUUUCGUCCCUGACAUGAGCCCGGAUGUUCAUGAUCCACCAGCAAUGUCCACCUGCACCACAUGCCAGCCUGCAGACGAUUUCUCUAACUACUGGACCGCUUCUCUCUAUUUUCGCGCUAGGAACGGAACCUAUAAGCGCGUCAGUCAGAAAGGCAAUGCAGGGUUCGAAGGUCAGAAUGGUGGCAUGACCGUUUAUUAUAUGCAGAACCAACUUGCCGACUACCAGCAGAAGGCGAAAGUGAAAGCUUUUCAACCGGGCUUUCGCAUGCUAAUCGGUUCACCAACCGCAACCACAAAAUCGGAAGCGGAUAGGUACCCACAACUCACGUACACAUGUCUACAAAACCCAGGCACCCGCUUCCCGGAGACUAAAGCGUUUCCUACCAAGCCCUGCCCCGCAGGCAUCAUGGUUAACUUGAGAUUUCCAACCUGUUGGAAUGGUAAAGAUCUCGAUUCACCAGACCACAUGGCGCACAUGGCCUAUCCAGUAUCUGGUACUUUUGAAAGCCAAGGCCCUUGUCCAACCUCCCAUCCCGUGCGUAUGCCUCAACUCAUGUACGAAGUCAUCUACGAAACCGCACCGUUCAACGACCCUUCGCUCUGGCCAGAAGACGGUAGCCAGCCCUUUGUCUACUCUUUCGGUGACCAUACCGGGUACGGCAAUCACGGCGACUAUGUCUUCGGAUGGAAGGACGACUCAUUGCAGAAGAUCAUGGACGAAGAAUGUUACGUUGGAUGCUCGUCUAUGAAAACACAAAGCAUGGAGAUGAUGAACAGCUGUAGCGUGCCGCGUAAGGUCAUCGAGGACAUCGGUGAUCAGGACUGGAUCCCCGCGCUUCCAGGGCACUUGAACGCGACGCGGGCUGUUACUUCGACUUUUAAGGCAUUUCGUGCGUAGAUCACCCCCUGUCAUUCCUUUGUCUUACUAUGCUUUUGUCGACAACGCAGAAACCAACUGGUCAGAGAAGCAUUGACGGUUGCUCACAUGAUCACGCGUCAGGGAAUUCAGUGUAAUUGCUAUUUCGAUAGGUAGAUCUUGUAGAUCUCAUCUACCAAAGAGUACUCCACAUUUGUGCAUCCGUUUUGCUUCUUCGUUGGGCGCCUCUUCCGCGAAGCCCCACUCACACCUGUGAUGGUCGGUGCAACCCCACACACCCUCUUUCUAACGUGCAGUAGUUGCUGAUGCUUACCGAUUGGUCUGUGUAGGCUC